AUGUUGCUGAAGACUCUUUUCGUUGCUGCCUUUGGGGCUUCGACCGCCGUCGCCGGGGUCUCUCAGCGAGCCACCCCAGGUCGAUUUGGCUGUGGUACCGCUGAGCCCUCUGCCGAGCACAUUGGCAUGUCCAAGGUCCUGGCUGCCCAGGAAGCCAAGGCCGCAGACUCGGGGGACUUGGCUGCGCGUGCGACAAUCAACGUCGGUGUCUACUUCCACGUUGUUGCUCGCUCGCAGACAGUUGCGGGUGGCUACCUGACGGACAAGAUGCUGUCUGACCAGCUGGCGGUUCUCAAUAAAGACUUUGCUCCGUACAACGUUGCAUUCAACUUGCUCGGCACGGACCGCACUGUCAAUACGGGAUGGUCUGCCGACAGCAACGAGAUCGCCAUGAAGCAGUCUCUCCGCAAGGGAACUUACUCCAACUUGAACAUCUACUUCCAGAGCGCGCUCAAGGACGACGCUCUUGGCUACGCUUACCUCCCGACUUCCGUGUCCAGCGGCAGCACCGCCUUCUACCGAGACGGUGUCUCCCUUGAUGCUCAGACUGUUCCCGGUGGUUCUUACACCCGAUUCAACCUCGGCAAGACUGCUACUCACGAGGUUGGUCACUGGAUGGGUCUGUAUCACACUUUCCAGGGCGGCUGCACUGGCAGUGGUGAUCUCGUCUCCGAUACUCCUGCUCAGGCCAACGCCACUUCUGGCUGCCCUACCGGCCGUGACUCCUGCCCUACCGUGGCUGGCUUGGACCCUAUCCACAACUACAUGGACUACUCCGACGAUUCUUGCUAUGUGGAGUUUUCCGCUGGCCAGUCGACUCGCAUGACCAGCUUCUGGAACACCUACCGUGGUUAGAGGCUUCAAAACAUUUCUAUAGGGCUAGAAUUAGUAAAGAGACUAAUUAGACUAUAUUAAUUGACUG